AUGGUGGAAAGGAAGUCCAUGCUAAGUUGUGAAAACAAGAUAAGGCCUUUGAAGAAAAGCAGACAGCACCACAACGAAGGAAGGAAAAAAAAAAAAAGAAAAAGUAGAAAAAAAGUGUAUGAGCAGAUGUUAUCCAGUGAAAACCCUCCACCAGAUCUCUCAUGUUCCUGCAAAAUCUCACAGCCGAAAAAUAGUGAUGAAUGGGCUUCUGAUGAUAACCCACUUCCCAAUUUCUCCAUAAGAGGUUAUGUUUUUGGUGCACGGGCCAAAGAUAUCAGUAACAACUGGCCAUUUUCCCAGGAAAAUCUGCAACUUUGUCUGAAAUAUGGAGUGAAAGAUGUGUUGCCGCCUUUCGAUCAAACUCUGGAUUCAGUGAGAAACCAAUCCACUGCAAAAUGUGCAGCUGAGAACUCAAGCGUAUCUCGAAAGGACAAAAAAAUUCCACCAGCCACAGAUCAAUCUUCUCCCUACACAAAUUCAGUUCCAGAGAAUAUUGUAAAGCUGAACAAUCAAAAAUCGAGCCAAGAAGACACAAUGGCUUCAAACGUUUGCCCGGUUUGCAAAAUGUUUUCAUCUUCCUCCAACACCACCCUAAACGCGCACAUUGAUCAGUGUCUUUCCAUCAAAUGGACUUCGAACCCGAAACAGUCGAUCAAGCAUAGAAUAAAGCCAAAAAAAACGAGAUUGAUGGCUGACAUAUAUGAGACGGCCUUACGUUGUACAUUGGAGGAUCUUGACCGAAGAAACGGGACGAAUUGGACAAAGGUUCGGACACUAUCAGAGCUCGGUGAUUUGCUGCCGUGUAAGAAUGUUGGAUAUGAUAAGCCUGUGAAAACAGAUAAAGGAAACAAAUUUGGUAUGAGUAAGAAGAAAAAGUGUCUUGUCCAGAAAAACAAGAUUUUGGAUCCUUGUCUUCAUGGACAGGGAUUUUAUUGCCCCGAGCCCAAGGUGAAAAACGGCCAGGAAGAAGAGUCUAAAGGUUUCAAGGAUCUUAGACAGCAUCACAUAGCCAAUGAUCAGUCGAAAUCCGAUUAUUUGGGAAGAGUGAUUAAACAGUGGGUCGGCUCAAAACGAACUGGUCUCCGGGAGAAGGUCAAUCUCGAGCAUGAAAGUUCACUUUCGAGAAAACGUGAAAAAAAACCGCGAAUAAAGACUGGUGAUAGUUCUUCUCUCAGCUCAAGAACGUCCCAGCAUCAUCAUACGUUUUCACCGGGAGCCAAUGAGUUUUCAUACCCGAGAAAUAACUCUUUUAGUCGUGCAAUGACAUCUCGUGGUAUGAAGUUUUCAUCUUUGAGGAAAAAACUUCUUUCUUCUGUCAGGCAUCAAUCAGUUCUGGAUUCAAGGGAAAAAUUGCGUCUAAAUCAUUUGGACUUCAAUAAACACGGACCCUGCUGUGAAUCCGAAUCGGAAGAUGAGACUAUAUUGUCACGAAUUCGAAUUUAUGGACAAGACAGUGAAGGUCUAACGACAAAUGCUUCUAAUAAUGAGCUAUUGCUUAACAAGACUAGGGUUUUAAUAAACCAUAAGAAGAAAGAAGGAUUCAUAAAUGCCGGCAAAGGAGACCUUCCCUCGAAGGCUUACGAGACCUCAUCUGAAUCCAUUCGUCACGAUGAAUUUGGGAAAACUAUCGAUCCUUUUGGCGAUGCAUAUAAUGGUUUUGCAGCCUUUAGCAAUGUCGAACAUAUUUCAAUGUUUUGUGGCGAUGAAGUAGGCAGAGAUUUGGUAAUUGCUCCUCAAUGCAGUAAUGAUGAGGCUGCAGAAAAGAACAAUUCUGGCGAAACACAAAGAAACUACUAUGCUGACGUGGACCCAAUUCCCAUACCUGGACCACCAGGCUCGUUUUUGCCGAGCCCAGGGCAUAUGAGCUCAGAAGAAGAACUUAAUGAAAGUUCCUCAUUGACCACGUGUAGAAUACGAGAAGGCGAGGAGCAUGAAGUGGUUGUUACGAAUUCAACAGCACAGUUUUCUAGUGGCCUAGUUUUUAACAAAACAGCUGAAGGUUUGUUUUUAACAAAUGAGCCUCCUACACUGUCUAAUACUAAUCCGGUUUUACGGCUUAUGGGAAAGAACUUGACUGUGAUGAACAAAGAUGAAAGCGGGUCAAAUAUGUCAUGUGUUGAAAAUGGUCUCUCUACUGUCAAUCUAUCGAAUGAGCCUCACAACUUUGGCCGUAUUUGUUCUGGAGGUCCUCCAAUUCUUGAAAAUAUGCAAAUCAACAUGACAUCUCCAAUUCUCGAAAAGGCUCCUAGUAAUUUCAGGCCAAUUCAGUACUUUUCUGCUCAUCCUUGUGAUAGUUUUGACGGAAACUUAAGUUCGUCUAUGAAGUCUCACGAGUAUGCGAGUGAGUGUGCUAUGAUAAGCAAGCAAAUCGGAACAAACUUUAGAAUGGACCCAUAUUUUAAUGUCCAGCCGCAUGUGGAAUUUUGUGGUAGUAGACAAAAGGAAAUAAUCGUGAUUGAUGACUCACCAGAAAUUGGUCACGGAGGUUUUAAAUCUAUGAAAGCAACUAAUGGAAUGGCAAAUUAUCAAACACGGGGUUAUCAUCCUCUUUGUGCUGGAUCUCCAUUUAUUCAGAACAGAAAGAUACAAGCCGAAAGUUUUGGGAAAUUGAUUAAUUUCAAAGCUGAAGGUUCGAAUGCACUGCAUCAUCAUCCUAGUUCGUCAACUGCGUACUUUCCCUACAUAGUUGAUCAACUGAGGCCUUCUUUUUACUUCUCUCAUGGUUUUUCUUGAAUUCACAGAUAUUCGAUGUGGCUCAUGUACUAGGAAUAUUUGAUGGCCCAUUAAUGUAAUCAGAAGUCUUCUUUUUCUUUUCCUUGCUUGUUUGUUCUCAAAAGGAAUGUGAAGUUAGUUGACAUAAAUAACAAAUAUAGGUUUAAAGGAUAUAUCAUGUAGAACCUUUCAAUUCAGAUUAUGCUGG